AGACAUUCUCCUUGCCUUCCUGGUGGCUGGCAGAGCCUCUGCUCCCCGCCUGCUGCCUGGCUGAUGGAGAGAUUAAUCCUAAGCCCUUCCUGGCAGCACCCCCACCCCCAUCUCAGGCAGGACCAUGCUGGCUGUCCCCGUGGGACUUGGAGCACCAAGUCCAAUGCUGAGGCAGGACAGCUGGCCCAGCUCCCUGCAGCAUCCGGACCUUCGGCUUCCAGGAGGAGGGAGGACUUCAGAGCCCUUCUAGAGAGCCACCUUGCGCCUCUGCUCUUCUGCGGAGUCAGACUGAAUAAACUUCUGCUCUGUAGAGGAAGUGGGAGAAGAAUUGGAUGCUGACCCUCUGCCAGGACUGCUAUGUUGAGAGCUGGUUUUGAUUUGUGUUUUGUUUUGUUUUUUGGGGGGCGGGGGUUCUUCUCAUUUCCCCCUACCUCUCUGUCACAACCCUGUCUUUUCCUGGUCAGUGAGACAUGGGCUCCCCAUGCCCGGCAGAGAACCAGCUGGGAACACACUUCCUAAAACAAGCGGCUGCGCUCCUCCUGCCGCUGGCUGUGUGCUGUGAACCAAGUAAUGCAUGCAGAAUAGCGGAGUGCUCUGCAGGGCGAGUGUGAAACACAGCCACCCCCACUCACUCCUCGCUGGCUGUCCGCAGAAUCCCGGCCGGCUCUGGAGUAGAAAGGCACUUUCGUUUCCAUUGGCUCCUGAUUGGAAUGCCUCUCUCAAUACAGGUGAGCCCAGUGAUCCCUGGCCUGACAGUCUGAGGCAAUGCCCAUGUCUUCCAGAGACAGGGACUUGCAUCCUGGACACCAUCACUUUGGCUCCUGCAGCCCCUUGAGCCAGCUCUGGCCGGGCCCCGAGCCUAAGUCAGUCAAGGGCCUUUACUACAGCAGGGCCCGGAAGGUGGGCAACCAGGACGCCUCUCCGGAGGCCAACUUGAAGGAGAUCCUAGUGAAUGUGGGUGGCCAGCGGUACCUGCUGCCCUGGAGCACCCUGGAUGCCUUCCCGCUGAGCCGCCUGAGCAGGCUCCGGCUGUGCCGCAGCCAUGAGGAGAUCACGCAGCUCUGCGAUGACUACGAUGAGGACAGCCAGGAGUUCUUCUUCGACAGGAACCCCAGCGCCUUCGGGGUGAUCGUGAGCUUCCUGGCCGCGGGAAAGCUGGUGCUUCUGCGAGAGAUGUGCGCCCUGUCCUUCCGGGAGGAGCUGAGCUACUGGGGCAUCGAGGAAACCAACCUGGAGCGCUGCUGCCUGCGCAAGCUGCUGAAGAAGCUGGAGGAGGCGGCCGAGCUGCGCCGGGAGGAGGCUGCCCAGCGCCAGCAGCAGCGCCAGGCCUGCCACUCCGAGGUGCAGGCUUCACGAUGGGCCCGCAGCAUGAACCAGCUGCGUGAAAUGGUGGAGGACCCACAGUCGGGGCUGCCCGGGAAGGUCUUCGCCUGCCUCUCCGUGCUCUUCGUGGCAACCACGGCUGUCAGCCUGUGUGUGAGCACCAUGCCCGACUUCAGGGCUGAGGAGGGCAAGGGGACAGCAGCCAGGCAGAGAGUGGUUCUAUUUAGCCAGCCAGCUGUCCUGAGGAGAGCUACAGAGCAUGGGAGAAUGCACUAGAAAGUGCUAUUACAUCUUCGUGGUGGAAUCCAUCUGUGUGGCCUGGUUCUCGCUGGAGUUUUGCCUGCGCUUUGUCCAGGCCCCGAACAAAUGUCAGUUCUUCCGCGGGCCCCUGAAUGUCAUCGACAUUCUAGCCAUCUCCCCAUACUAUGUGUCGCUCGCAGUGUCUGACGAAUCCCCGGAGGCAGGCGAGAGGCCGAGCAGCAGCUCCUACCUGGAGAAAGUGGGGUUAGUGCUGCGUGUUCUGCGGGCACUACGCAUCCUCUACGUAAUGCGCCUGGCUCGCCACUCCCUGGGGCUGCAGACGCUGGGCCUCACUGUGCGCCGCUGCGCCCGAGAGUUUGGUCUCCUGAUGCUCUUCCUGGCUGUGGCGGUUACCCUCUUCUCACCGUUGGUCUAUGUAGCUGAGAAUGAGUCCGGAAGGGUCCUGGAGUUCACUAGCAUCCCCGCAUCCUAUUGGUGGGCCAUCAUCUCCAUGACGACCGUGGGCUAUGGGGACAUGGUCCCUCGCAGCGUCCCGGGACAGAUGGUGGCUCUGAGCAGCAUCCUUAGCGGGAUCCUUAUCAUGGCUUUCCCAGCCACAUCCAUCUUCCACACGUUCUCUCACUCCUACCUGGAGCUGAAGCGGGAGCAGGAGCAGGUCCAGGCCCGCCUCCGGCGUCUUCAGAACACCAAUUCGGCCAGCGAACGGGAGCUCCUGAGUGACGUAGAUGAUCUGGUCCCUGAGGGUCUGACCUCCCCAGGCCGCUACAUGUAACUCCCACCACCUUAAGUAUGUGCCAUAGCUUCAACCCAUCCCAUGGCUGAGACGGGCUCCUGCAUCUCUCCAAUGGACCACCUGGGCAUGUGAGCUCAGAAUACUGACUUACUUCCAAAGCAGGAAAGGUGCCAGGUCAUGACAUCAUUGGCGCAAUCCUGGGCCCAUCCCUAUUCCUUCCCCAGCUCCCUGCCAGUCACUGGGCACUGCCCAUCUUGCCAUACUGGAUCAGUGCUCCUGGGAUCUUUUCCCUUCUUUGCAAACUCUAUGCUAUUCCACCCUGGGCUCUGGAUGCUCACAGAACUGACUUCCACUAAGAGCCAAAUACGGAGUCUGCAGAUUUCCACCUUCUCCCUCAGACCCCCUGUCCUGGGCCACACCACUCCUGAGACUCAGAGAGCUCCGACACUGAGACCGGCUCAGAGCUCCGCGCAGCCUGAGAGGCUUCCGGGCAGAUCUUGUGUUCUUUUACUGCCUUCCACCACCAACCAUAUUGCCAAAUGCCAUGGAAGCACGUACUGUUCUAGAAGCUCUUAGCCAAGAAGGCAGCCCUGGCCACUUCAGCAAAUCCUGUCAGGUUCUCAUGGCUGCAAGCCUACUGUCACCUACAACACGCCUGGGGACCUACCUGGGCAGGAGGGCCACCUGCAAGUACCCAGUUGGCCAGCUGGACUCUGGGUGGACAUUCCUAGUUAUCCAGCUCUUAGCCUUGACAAGGGGACUCUGAGAACUGCGUAAUGUUCCUCCAGGAGGAACCUCAGUCAGCUAAACUGGCUGACAGCUCAGCAGGACAGCCUUAGGCAUUCCCCAGUUUUAGCUAGCUCCCUGCUUGCUCGUGACCCACACUGAUGGAGGACAGGCAUCCCUGCUGUCUCUGUGUCCACAUAUCCAUGGGCUCAUCUGUGCAUAGACUCAGCCCUGGGAUCCACAGAGAGGCAGAUCGCUAUGCCUUACAGAGACGAACCUGAAAUAAAGUGACUUCUGAGCAGCCGGUGCCCCAGAGUUUCCCAAGACAAUGGGGGCUAAUGCUGGAGAGUCCCUUGCGGGGUUGGGGUGCAGAGCAGUAGGGCAGGCUAGGAUCGGGAGCUGGUGGACCUCAGAGCACGGUGGCUGUACUAGGGGUGAGGACGAGGUUGACAGUCCAAGGGGCCGUGAGACCGAGCAGAAGUAGGGGUGACAACCAUCCAGGAGUGACCUGUGGGUUCAACUCCUCUAUAACACUACCAGUCUGGCCCAGCACACCUGUGAGAGAUCUCUGUGCCAUUUCUCAGGAGUUACACAGUUCUGCUGUCAUUUGGUAUUGGCUGUGAGGCCACUGGAGAAAGUACAAGGGGUGACAGGGAGAUAGACAGGACCCUGUGAAUCUGACAUGGUUCAUGUGUGGAUACAGUCAGUACUGCGCCCUGCUAACACAUUGGUCUUUCCACUAGUAUUAAGCUGAGCCCUGCUUCAUGCCACGCCCCUACUUUCCUGACUGUCACCACAUGGCCAAGGGCUCUGCCCAGAGAUGCCCCAGCAUCUACUCUAAAGUGCAUCUUGACCAUGUGGAAAUUCUCACAUCCUCUGACUCCCCAAACAGAUGCACACACAUGCUCCUAUCCCUCUAGACAUCAAGGUGUGGGGAGCACCCUCAGCCCUCUCAAGCUCACAGGUCUCAAGCAGGCCCUUUAUGUCACACUAGGAGAGCUGAGGCCCCUGGCAUGAUGCUUUGCUCCAGGAAUAGGCUAGCACAGUCCUGGUGGGGGGGACCUGGAUGUAUUCUGAGAACAUAUUAAAAAUAGCUAUGUUAACCUUU